ACUCUCGUAAUAUUAAUGCUCGCAAACAAUUUCAAUUUUUUUUUUUUUCAAAUACUGGUUCGAAUCAAAAUUUCAAAUCACAGUUGAGCCAGAUUCCAACCCGAGUUCAUCGAAUUGCGAAAGUUAACUAGUUUUUUCUCUUGGCUUCCUCCACCCCUCCCCCGCCGCCCUCCACCUUCCGCAUCUCUCUUUCUCCCUCCCCUCUCUCUCCCUCUCAGGCACUCUGGUGGCACAGUGCCACUGCACGGAUUCAGUGGAGGAGAUACGCUAAUCUUGCCGAAGAACAACGAACGGCCGAGUGAAGAACGCAAGAAAGAGGAUCCAAGAAGAAAUCAGAAGGUGAAAGCAAAGAGGCCUCCGCCCAUCACACACCCACACCCACCCAACCACACACACACUCACACACACACACACACUCUCUCCCUCCAUUAUUAGAUGGUUUGGAAAAUUGGAUCACGGGCUUUGAGGCUAAACGGUGCAAGCGACCGCCCUAUUUUCUUCUCUUCUCGGCGUAGCAUUGCAUUCCUGAGCUUAUUUCAUCGUGAUUUCAAGAACCGCUAACAAGGAUCAACAGCUCAAAAUCAGCCGUAGUCCUUGGUUCAAGAUCUCUGUUAUAUUGUGGGUCAGUGGCGCUCGCAAUUGGUGGAGGGGAUGAGAUCUAAUGAGGGUUUUGUUCGUUUGAGCUAAAAUCCUGGGGUUUCGCAUUGUGAGGUUGUGGCACUCGAUCUAUUUAAAGAAGUGCUACUCUUUUCGUGCUGAUUGGUUUGCUUCCUCGAGCACUUUGUUUUUUCCUUUUGGCUGGGAGACAGUACCCCGAAUUGAGGCGUAGAUCCGUAAGGUGGAAAUCUGGUUAGAUUUAGUCAAUAGUGUUCAUGCAGAAGGCUCGUGAACUUAGGGACUUGGUUUCUCCUUCAACAUCAACGCCAUCUUCUAAAUCCAGAGAGUUUGAUGGAGGGGCUACAAUGGAUGGUCCUGAAUCUACCAUGGCCACCUUGGCGGGCCUUCUCGAGCAGCUUCAUGCUGGGGUGUCCUCUCCACCUGAGAAAGAGAUUAUAACUGCACGUUUGCUGUCUAUUGCUCGGGCUCGAAAGGAGGCAAGGACUAUGAUUGGUUCACAUUCUCAAGCAAUGCCAUUGUUCAUCUCCAUGCUCAGGAAUGGCACACCAACAGCAAAGGCGAAUGUUGCUGCAACACUUAGUGCCCUCUGCAAGGAAGAAGAGUUGCAUCUAAAGGUUCUUCUUGGAGGGUGCAUCCCUCCGUUACUCUCCCUUUUGAAGUCCGAAUCUUCUGAGGCUAGGAAGGCAGCAGCUGAAGCCAUUUUUGAAGUAUCUUCUGGUGGGCUCUCGGAUGAUCAUAUCGGCAUGAAAAUAUUUGUCACUGAGGGUGUUGUGCCUACCCUUUGGGAUCUGCUCGAUCCAAACAUAAGACAAGACAAGGUUGUUCAAGGCUUUGUUACUGGUGCAUUGAGGAACCUAUGUGGUGAUAAAGAUGGAUACUGGAAAGCAACCCUUGAGGCUGGAGGUGUGGACAUUAUUACUGGUCUUCUAUCUUCAGACAACACCGCUGCUCAAGCAAAUGCUGCUUCUCUCUUGGCACGCUUGAUAUUGGCCUUUGGAGACAGCAUCCAUAAGGUAAUAGAUGCUGGAGCAGUGGGUGCCCUUCUCUCUCUUCUAGGCCAUAAUAAUGAUAUAUCAGUCCGUGCCAGUGCAGCUGAGGCUUUGGAGGCCCUUUCAUCCAAAUCAACAACGGCCAAAAAAUCUCUGGUGGAUGCAGGUGGCAUAGCAGUACUAAUUGGGGCCGUUGUAGCUCCAUCAAAGGAGUGUAUGCAAGAGGAAUCUGGUCAUGUGUUGCAGAAACACGCGGUCAACACUUUAGCAAAUAUUUGCGGUGGUAUGUCUUCUCUUAUUCUUUACCUUGGACAGCUAGCCAAAUCACCUCGUCUGGCUGCACCAGUUGCUGAUAUAAUUGGAGCUCUUGCUUAUGCACUGAUGGUUUUUGUGAUUAACGAAGAUAAAGUUUUUGAUUCGGUGGAGAUUGAAGGUCUCCUCGUUACCCUUCUGAAACCCCGGGAUAAUAAACUUGUUCAGGAUCGCAUUCUUGAGGCUCUAGCUAGCCUCUAUGGAAAUCCUUUUCUUGCCAAUAGGCUCGAACAUGCAGAUGCAAAGAAAGUGCUCAUCGGGCUGAUAACAUUGGCUGCUGUUGACGUUCAGGAACAACUUAUACUUUCUUUGACUAGCUUAUGUUGUGAGUCUGUUGGCAUUUGGGAGUCCCUUAGGAAGAGAGAGGGUGUUCAGCUUUUGAUAUCUUUUCUAGGACUUUCUACCGAGCAACAUCAGGAGUAUGCAGUUGCCUUGCUUUCAAUAUUGACGGAUCAAGUUGAGGAGAGCAAAUGGGCCAUUACAGCCGCUGGUGGUAUCCCUCCACUUGUUCAGUUGUUAGAUAUGGGGUUUCAUAAGGCAAGAGAAGAUGCUGCUCAUGUCCUUUGGAACUUGUGUUGUCACAGUGAUGACAUCCGCGCAUGUGUUGAGAGUGCUGGAGCAGUGGCAGCACUCCUUUGGCUUCUAAAAAGUGGUGGUCCAAAGGGCCAAGAAGUUUCUGCAAAAGCACUUAUUAAGUUAAUACGCUAUGCUGACUCUUCUACUAUAAAUUAUUUGUUGGCCCUUCUCCUAAGUGACUCAAUUAGCUCAAAGUCUCAUGCUAUCAGAGUAUUGGGUCAUGUGCUUACCAUGUCAUCCCAUAAAGACCUCGUGCAGAAGGGUGCCCCUGCUAAUAAAGGACUUAGGUGCCUUGUAGAAGUUCUCAACUCAUCGAAUGAAGAAACCCAGGAGUGUGCUGCUUCUGUACUAGCUGAUUUGUUUAGCUGCCGGCAAGACAUAUGUGAUAGUCUUGCAACAGAUGAGAUUGUCCAUCCAUGCAUGAAGCUUUUGACAAGCAAAACUCAACUUGUUGCUACUCAGUCAGCCCGAGCUUUGAGUGCACUGUCCCGUCCAAACAAAACCAAUUCUCCAAAUAAGACUAAAAUGUCCUAUAUAGCAGAAGGUGAUGUUAAACCUCUAAUAAAGAUGGCAAAAACAUCCUCAAUAGAUUCUGCUGAAACUGCAGUUGCUGCUUUAGCAAAUCUUCUUUCUGAUCCACAAAUUGCAGAAGAAGCACUCACGGAAGAUAUUGUUUCAGCUUUGACAAGAGUUCUGGGUGAAGGUUCUUUGGCUGGAAAGAAGAAUGCUUCGUGUGCUCUAAAUCAAUUGCUGAACCACUUCCCAGUUGGUGAUGUUUUUACAGAAAACUCAGAGUGUAGGUUUGUAGUUCUUGCACUUGCUGAGACCUUGACUGGCAUGGACAUAAAUGGGGUUAAUUUUUCUGAUCCUUUAGAUGCAUUAGCAUUGUUGGUUAAGACAAAGCAGUGUGUGAAAUUUAAGUAUCCGCUAUGGUUUGCCCUUUCUGAGUUACCAGCCAGCUUAGAACCAUUGGUCAAUUGUUUAGCCAGUGGUGGUCCCUCUGUUCAGGACAAGGCAAUUCAAAUUCUUUCUAGACUUUGUCGAGAUCAAUCUGUCAUACUCAGUAAUCUUUUGGUGGAAAGAUUGGGAAGUAUCGCUUCUCUUUCUAAUAGAACUGUGACGUCAUCCAAUAUCGAAGUAAGGAUUGGUGGAGCUUCCCUUAUACUUUGUGCUGCAAAACACCACAAACAGCAGGCAUUGAGUGCACUGGAGGCAUCUGGGCUUCUAAAUACACUCAUUUAUGCACUGGUAGAUAUGAUAAAGUGUCCCUCAAAUUUUAAAACUUCAGAAAUUGAAGUGCGAACGUCAAAAAAUUUUAUGGAAAGGAGCUCAAUUCAUCAUUUGAUUGCUCCUGAUCCUGCUGCUACCUUGGCAGGCGCAGUUUCCUUGUGGCUACUUGUAAUAAUUGUCUCUUACCACAUAAAAAGCAGAAUUACCUUUAUAGAAGCAAUGGGAGUUGAGGUAAUCUCAGACAAGCUGGCAGGCUAUACUAUCAAUUCACAGGGCGAGUUUGACGAUACAGAGGGUGUAUGGAUUUGUGCCCUGCUUUUAGCUAUUUUAUUUCAAGAGGAAAAGGUUAUUCGGUCACCAACAACCAACAAAAUAAUACCUUCACUAUCUUGCUUGCUGAUGUCAGAUGAAAUUAAUGAAAAAUAUUUUGCUGCUCAAGCAAUUUGUAGUCUUGUUUGUGCCAGCGAUGAAGCAAUUCAUCUUGCUAUUGCAAAUGCAGGUUCUGUUGGAGGACUAAUCAGCUUAGUUGGUCAUGCAGAAUCAGAAACGCCGAACCUUGUUGCUUUGUCUGAAGAGUUUAAUCUGGUGAGAAACCCUGACAACAUUGCACUCCAGCAUUUGUUUGAGGUAGAAGAUAUUAGGAUUGGUGGCAUUGCUCGCAAGUCAAUACCCAUGUUGGUGGACCUUCUUAGACCAAUGCCUGAUAGACCAAGAGCUGCUCCAAUUGCUGUUCAUCUUCUGACACAGAUAGCAGAAGCAAAUGAUGCCAACAAAUUGGUUAUGGUUGAAGCUGGAGCUCUGGAAGCAUUGACCAAGUAUUUGUCUUUAAGUCCACAGGAUUCCACCGAAGCCUCCAUAACUGAUCUUCUUGGGAUCUUAUACAGCAAUCCGGACAUACUUCAACAUGAUGUUUCUUCAGGUUCAUUGAAUCAGCUUAUAGCUGUUUUACGGUUGGGGUCUAGAAGGGCUAGAUUUAGUGCUGCAAGGGCUUUGCAGGAGCUUUUUGGAUCGGAGGAUGUCAGAGAUACUGAAAUAGCUCGACAAGCUAUUCAACCAUUGGUAGACAUGCUAAAUGCAGGAUCUGAGAGGGAGCAGGAGGCAGCCCUUAUUGCACUGAUCAAACUGACUGCUGGAAACAUUUCGAAGGCAUCAGCUUUGACUGAUGUUGAAGGGUCUCCACUUGAAAGUCUCUAUAAAAUUUUAGUAUCCAGUUCUUCUUUAGAAUUGAAGACAAAUGCUGCACGGCUUUGUUAUAUUUUAUUUGGAAACUCAACCAUCAGGGCUAUGCUCAUUGCAUCACAAUGUGUACAGCCCUUGAUUUCACUAAUGCGUUCAAGCAAUGGCGAAGCAAUAGAGUCUGGUGUACGUGCUUUUGAAAGGUUGUUGGAUGAUGAACAACACGCAGACAUUGCAGCUGAAUGUGAUGUUGUAUCACUCUUGGUUCAAUUUGUUUCAGGGUCAAACCAUCAACUUUCUGAGAUCACUAUCAAUGCUCUGAUUAAGUUAGGAAAGGAUCGACCUCACUGCAAACUUGACAUGGUGAAUGCUGGAAUUGUUGAUAAUGCACUUGAGAUGCUUCUUGAUGUGCCAGGCUCGUUAUGCUCUUUGAUCUCUGAGCUUCUCCGAAUUUUAACGAACAAUAGUGGUAUUGCUAAAAGUGCAGAUGCUGCAAAAAUGGUAAAGCCCCUUUUCUCAGUCUUACAGCGUACAGACAUCUCUUUGUGGGGACAGCAUAGCACCUUGCAAGCUCUUGUGAAUAUAUUGGAGAAACCACAGAGCUUGGCUAUCUUAAAAUCAACUCCGAGCCAAGUUAUUGAGCCUUUGAUAUCAUUCCUAGAGUCACCAUCCCAAGCCAUUCAACAGCUUGGCACUGAGUUACUGUCUCAUCUUUUGGAGCAGGAGCAUUUCCAGCAAGACAUUACCACCAAAAAUGCAGUUAUUCCACUUGUUCAGCUUGCUGGCAUUGGGAUAUUGAGUCUGCAACAAACAGCAAUAAAAUCACUUGAGAGUAUCUCCUUGAGCUGGCCAAAGGCUGUUGCUGAUGCAGGGGGCAUUCUUGAGCUUUCUAAGGUAAUUGUUCAGGAUGAUCCUCUGCCAAGUGCUGCACUGUGGGAAUCCGCUGCACUGGUUCUGUCAAAUAUUCUUAAAUCAAAUCCAGAGUACCAUUUCAAAGUCCCACCAAUAGUGCUUGUGAGAUUGUUGCAUUCCACAGUGGAGAACACGGUAGCAAUAGCUCUGGGUGCUCUCAUUGUUCAGGAGAGGCAUGAUCCUUCAACUGGUGCACUGAUGGCUGACUCAGGUGCAGUAGAUGCACUCUUAGAGCUGCUAAGAUAUCAUCAGUGUGAAGAAGCUUCGGCAAGAUUAAUUGAAGCAUUAUUCAAUAAUCCAAGGGUGCGAGAAAAGAAAACUUCUAAAUAUGCAAUAGCUCCUCUAUCUCAAUAUCUGUUAGAUCCACAGACCAGAUCUCAGCCUGCAAAAUUUUUGGCAACUCUUGCACUUGGUGACCUUUUCCAGAACGAUGGACUUGCAAGAACUAGUGAUGCUGUAUCUGCAUGUCGUGCUCUCAUAAGCCUGCUUGAGGACCAACCAACUGAAGAAAUGAAAAUGGUGUCAUUAUGUGCAUUGCAAAACUUAGUUAUGCACAGCAGGACAAAUAGGCGGGCAGUUGCAGAGGCUGGUGGAAUUUUGGCGCUACAGGAACUAUUACUGUCACAAAAUGCUGAAGUCUGUGCACAGGCUGCAUUGCUGAUUAAGUAUCUAUUUUCAAAUCAUACACUUCAAGAAUAUGUGUCAAAUGAGCUUAUCAGGUCUUUAACAGCUGCAUUGGAAAACGAGUUGUGGUCCAAUGCCACCACAAAUGAAGAAGUUCUAAGAACUAUAUAUGUGAUAUUCUCAAACUUCAAAAAGCUACGAACAUCUGAAGCGGCUCUGUGCAUUCCACAAUUGGUUGGUGCACUGAAGACUGGAAGUGAGCCUGCGCAGGAAUCCGUGCUUGACACUCUUUGCUUGUUAAAAGACUCAUGGUCUGAGAUGAAUGAAGAUAUUGCAAAAGCACAGGCUCUAAUUGCUGCUGAAGCAAUACCCAUACUUCAAUUGCUCAUGAAGACUUGCCCACCAAGCUUUCAUGAAAGAGCGGACAGCUUACUGCACUGCUUACCUGGAUGCUUAACAGUGACUGUUAAGCGAGGAAACAACUUGAAGCAGACCAUGGGGAAUACAAAUGCAUUUUGUCACUUAAAGAUAGGAAAUGGCCCUCCAAGGCAAACAAAGGUGGUAAGUCAUAAUACAUGCCCAGAAUGGAAGGAAAGUUUUACCUGGGCUUUUGAUGUUCCCCCAAAAGGACAGAAGCUUUAUAUUCUAUGUAAAAGCAAAAAUACAUUUGGAAAGACUACUCUUGGAAGAGUAACCAUCCAGAUUGACAAAGUAGUGACAGAGGGACUGUAUAGUGGGCUCUUCAGUCUAAGCCAUGACAGCAAUAAAGACUUGUCAAGAACACUUGAAAUUGAAAUUCUGUGGUCAAAUAGGAUGUGUGGUGACGAAGUGUGAUUCUUCAAAGUGCUGCAGUUGGAAUUUGAUCAAUCAGAUCUUAGAAAGCAAAAGCGUAGUAGCUGAAACGUCUUUGCCUAAAGUGCUAUUUGGGCAGAAGAGGAAAUGUGUACACCUAUGGAGCAAAAGCUCGGCAUUCUACAGUGAUUGGCGUCCUGAGUGAAUCAAAUACUACUGAGGUUUGAACCGGAUGCCUAUAAUGAUAUCCUCAAUUCUGCUUUUCUUUAGGUUUUGUACAGAUUAGUUUGUAUUUGUUUCUACUACGAUUUCAUGAUGGUUAAGAAUGCCAUUAUAGAUGGUUUGAUGGUGCUGCUUUCUUUAAUUGAUACAAGGCGAGCACCAUGGUCUCUCUCUGUAUUCAUGUUAUCCAAAAGGCAACCCAUUUGCAACAAAAUUCGUGCAGAUAGCAAUUCUGUGCUUUUUAGUAAUCUUAUCCUACAGUUGAAUCA